AUGGCAAACGCAAUCGAGUACGCCACUCCUAUCUCCUUCACUAAGACCUGGCAUACCGAGCCCUAUCCGUUCAUCUCCCCAUCUCGACCUGAAUUAUCCGCCGAGGGUAAGAACGUGGUCGUCCUCGGUGGCAGCGCAGGUAUCGGCAAUGCCAUAUCCGUUGCCUUUGCCCAGGCAGGACCUAAGUCGAUCACAAUCGUGGGACGACGCCUGGAGAAGCUCCAGGAGGCCGCGGAAAAGGUGACUGCUGCAGUGUCGGACAGCGCCACUCAGGUGCUAGUCGAAUCUGCGAAUCUACAAGACCGUGCUCAGGUAGACCGCGCAUACCAGUCCGUCGUGGAUAAAGUGGGCAAGAUAGAUAUUCUGGUGAUCAAUGCCGUGUUGCUCCCCGCGCCCGGAGGCCUCACGAACUACAAGCCUGAAGAGCUCGUUCGUACAAUUGAGGGCAAUCUCUUGAUAGUCAUGAAUGCGUUCCAGGCCUUCUUGCCCAUCGCAGGACCUGAACCAGUCGUGCUCCACACGUCUACCUGUCUGGCCAACAUUGCUCCUACCCCGGGCCUUGCUGGCUACAGCAUCAGUAAGGCCACGUGUCUCAAGGCGAUAGACUAUUUCGCCAUGGAGAACCCGCAUGUGCAUGUGGUCAGCAUUCAGCCCGGCUGGGUGGCAACCGCCUCGAAUGGAUAUCAGGAGGAAGCUCCUGACAAAGCUGAGCUUCCGGGCCAGUUUUAUGUCUGGCUGGCAUCUCCCGAGGCCAAGUUCUUGAAAGGAAAGUUUGUUUGGGCCAACUGGGAUGCGCAGGAGUUACUGGAGAGAGCGAGCGAGAUUCAAUCAACCAAGCUGCUGAACUGGGUCGUGGAGGGCAUUCCCAUGUAA